AUGCAACGAUACAUGCCAGGCGUGUUCUGUCGCACGAAUGACCUGCAACAACAUCCGGCGCCGACCAACCGGCACUUAAUUGAAAUUUAUGUGCGGCAUUUAAUGGAAAUUUCUGCACACGGCGGUCACACGACGGACGACGCCAAACGACUCGAAAACUUUCCUCCGCCUUAUUAUCGUUUGUCAUCGUGCGGCGUCCGUGGAUCGGAUCGGAUCGGAUUGAUUUGGCUAAGGAAGGCCGCUUUCGACGAUCCGUCGCGUUGUCGGACCAAACUCCUGGCCGGUGGUGGAAACGCCUUGGUUUUUGCCGAAAGUUUUGCCUCAUUUUUGAGUGACUUUUUCUCUCUCUCUACAGCUGACUACGCGGUGGACGGCAGGCAGUCGUUCUUCAGCCUCAAAGCAGUUCGAGCCGAGGAAGUAUCACAAUAUGCCGAUGCUAUGAUGGUCGUUUCAGCCCCUGAAGGGUGGAGAAUCGUCUCAGUUCCAGCGCACGGCAUCCGAGGUUGUGCAAUGGAUGAUGAAGAACGGUCUAAAGAUAAAUUAUUACAAACGAGGCAAAGCGAGGGCUCGCAAAAGAGAACAUGCCUCAUUGAAGACGACAUUGAGGGCCGCCGGUGUUCCCCGGUUUCAAAGGCACACACUUCAAGGUCGGUCGUUCGGACGGUGGCGCGUCAUUCGUCGGACGCGAUCGAUCAGCCGAUUGUGUUUGUCGUUCUGCCCCAUUCGUCGAAGCAAUAG